AUGGCCUCUCGCGAAGAGCGCAUGCAGCAGCGCCUGCGCGGCUCCCAGAGACGGCAAGUGAAAGACGUCGAUUUUGGCCUCUCUUUUCCUAUUAAUCCCGCCCAAGCCGAACCAAAUGCCAGCCCAUCUAUCCAUCAGCCAUCACCACAAGCCACCGACCUCCCCUCGCAAUCUACAUCUGCCCAGACGCCUGCUGCCCGUCAACCAUCCUUACCAGCCAGUAUCCGGCUAUCCGCCAGUACGAGCACUAACGAUGCGAAUACCUCUGCGAAGAGGAGAAAGCUGGAUACGGACGUGGCGCCGAACAGCGCGAGGAGCAUGAGGAGCAGGGCUGGAAGGGAGCAGGGACAGGGAGAUCCGCCGAGGAGGUUAGAGGAUAUCGCGAGGAAUUCAGAGGAGGGUACCGGGGAGCAUGAACAGGAAUCAUCCGACUUGGAACCGGCGGAUGUGGAGAUGUCGAUAGGGCCUGAUUUGUCGGGCGAGGGCGACGGGCACGAUAGGGGAGAUCCUGGCGAUGCGUCAAUACUUGAAGAGUCUAUCGAUGAAGAAACGACCGUCGAAGUUAUUGGAGGAGCAGAAGUUGAGGGCAGAGAGGUGGAACUGUCUUCUGUGAAAGGGAGUCGGGCCUCGACGAAGACACCGUUGCCGUUGGAAGAGAGUUUCGUCGAUGUGGUUGAGGAGAGUCCGAGAAAUGCGCCUGGCAGCGGGAUGAGGACGAGAGUGGCUCUUCCGAAGAGCUCGCAACUGUUGAAUGAAGACGUGACUGGGCCACGAGAGAAGACGCCGGUGAUGCAAAGGAAGCGGAAGAGAGGGGAGAAUGGCCCGAAGUCUUCGCCUAUUUUGAGAGGAAAGCAGCGUCAGACGCCGAUGCUUGAUGAACUUGAUGAAUUAUCUCCUGAACAGCCCAGUAGUCGGUUCCACGGGACUCGGGCUGUUGUUGAGGAACUCGAUGAGUUAUCUCCAGAACAGCCAAAUCGUCGUAACCGUACAACUCAUGCCAUCGUGGACGAGCAUGCGGAAUAUACGGAGGUGGACGAGAAUACCAGUCGGUCAUAUGAGCAGGAAGAAGCCGAAGAAAUUGACGAUGAGCAAGCUGCUGCCGUCUUGACGAAGAACCAAGGUCGGAGAACAUCUAGCAGAUUCGCCGCUGCAUCUCCAGAACUAGGGGCCCGUGACGUAUCCAAGCCGCCCAUCUUUAAGAAACCAAAGGGAAGACUCCAGGUCGACUCAAGCCCUGUCCGACAACGCCAGCCCAAGAGAGCACCUUCAAAAGUAAAAUCUAAGGGUGCGAAGAAAGCUGCAAACAAGCAGCCUAUUCGUGCCGGAAAGCCAAUUGAUGUUGUUGUCCACCGCUUGACGGGGUGGCCUAUGUACGAUGAGAAUGAGGAUGAUGCAGACGUCCUCAACUCUGAGAUUCCGCAUGUCAAGCGCAGCGGAGUUAAUACGAUAGAUGUGCUAAGUGAGGUGUGUCAGGAGCUUAUUAGUACUGGGCUCAAUACACUGGAGGGAAUGGGCAAUGAGUGCCAGGACAAAGCGGCGAGGAGGGAGUACAAAGUCAAGUAUGACGCUGUGGAGACUUUCGGGAGAGAGCUUAAUCUGAGGCUGCUUGAACAUACGAUCAAUUUGGACAAUGCCUACUCCCUUGAGCGUCGUGUUCGAGAUGAACAGCGCAAGAAGCUCGGGCUAAGGGAGGAGAUCCUCCGCGUAAGAAAAGAGCGCGAGCAAGUGGCACUGCGUAUGGACUCCAUCCGCAUGAAGCACGAGAGAGAGAAGAACGCCGCACAGAGCCGCGAGUCUCUCAACACGGCAGUCUACGAUAUCGAGCUUGCGAUCGAACUUGGCAAGUCGGCGCAGAGUCAAACUACACCUGCUGGCGCGAUGGUCGGUACGGAAGUGCUGGUGAAGAGGGUUGCGAACGACGUUAGUGGAAUGGGAGAUGGAGGGGGCCUCUUGAAGAGGAUUCGGGAGUUCAAUGCGUUCUUGGAAAGAGCUGCGCUAGCGCUUGAGGAGAGGAAGCUAUAG